AUGGUUGGAGCCGGAGGCCUCCCGAAUGGACGCUUUCAGGCGGUUCACGAGGAGCCCAAAGCCACUUUCAUGGCCGCACAGCUUCAGCAGCACGGUCAGUUCUUUCCGACAAUGGCGAACUCGCAACUCCACCAAGCAGCAGCUCAGCAGCAGCAGCAGCUUCAGCAGCAGCUGCAGAUGCUUCAGCAGAAGCAGCAACUGCAGCUCCUUCAGCAACAGCAGCAGCAACAGCAACAGCUGCGAAUGCAGCAGCAGCUCGCACAAGCUCAGUCUACGGCAUGGAAUCCCGUAAAAGGACUCCUCCCAGUUGGCUCUCAAGAAGAGCUGCAAAAGCAAUUUCAAGGCUCUAUGGUCCCUUCAUGGCAGCAGCAGGCCGUUCCUGCAGGGAGCCUGGAGGCCUGGGCGAAGUCCACGGGAGCAGCUAACAUCGCUCCGCGUCCAGUUCAGAGCGCGUCGGGGCCUGGAUUCGCGUGGGGAGUCAAUCCCGAAGUGGAUCCGCAUCAUGCGGAGGAGGAUGAGGAAGAAAUGGAUGAAAAGAAGUACAAGCGAAUGAUGUCGAAUCGCGCUUCCGCGAAGAGGUCGCGCCAGCGCCGUCAAGUGCGGCUGGAAGAGCUCGAGAUUCAGUCCGCGAAGCUCAAGAUGGAGAACGCCGCACGGCUGCGGAAAGAGCUGGACGAUUCCAACGGCGGAAGCAACGCCGGAGCGGCGGGGUCGACUCUGUCGCAAGACAGCAAGCCGUCGUCGCCAGAGAAAGAGUCUGCUCUGUCGUCCCCGCUCACGGCUGUUACCGACGGGCUGGCCCGCGAAGACUCCAAGGGACCGGGAAAGCGGAAGAGAACGGAGGAGAGCGCGACGGAUGUUAAUGAUUCUCCAGAUGAUUCUUCGGAUCCGGUCCUCCUUCCAGCCGUUAACAAUAUUGUGAAAGCUGAAUCGCUCUUUCUGAGUGAGCAGGGCGAUGUGGGUACGGAGGGUGAGGAUGAGUCAGAUUGCCAGCUUUCUGACUCCACGGCGAUCACACCUGCUGAAGGAGCUGCGGCUGCGCUUCCCGCGGGUGAUGUGAAGGCAAACCCUGUUGCUCCUGCAGGCGGGUAUCAGCUGAUGGGCCGUGACAUGGACGUUGCUGAUGGAGAGUUCUUUGCGACCCUGAUUGACUGCUUCGAUGGAAAGCCCAUGGAGGGUUUCUUUGUACUUACCAGCGCAGACCCUGACGCAUUUGGCCAAGCGUACGUACCGCCUGUCGGGGUCUGGCAGGCAUACGCACCAGACGCAUCACGACCGUCCAUUGAGCAUCUCUUUUGCCGGGAAACUGACUCACAGCAGGUAGCAGGGAUCAGCUUCAGCAGCAUCACCCGAGCUUUUCAGCCUGCUGGGGCAUUUCCAUCUGCAGGCUCCUCAGGGCCUCUGGGGGAGGUGUUUUCCCAGCACGGACUCUCAGCAGCAGGGGCGUGGUCGCUGGUGCAGCAGCGCAAUGCGACGAAGAAGGCCAUGGGGUCCACACAGAACGGCCGGGACUCGCAGCCCAAGCACCUGGGGGUGAAGAAGUCUGGCGGACAGGGAGUUGUUGCUGGUAACAUCAUUGUGAGGCAGCGUGGAACCCGGUUCUACCCAGGGGACUUUGUAGGCAUGGGAAGAGACCACACUCUUUUCGCUCUCAAGGACGGUCGAGUGAGGUUUGAGACCAGAUUUACUCCUGCUGGUUUCCAGCGCAAGUACGUCCAUGUGGAUCCAAAUGGAGGGUCCGUAGGAGGAUCGUCCGCUGGAGGCGGGGCCGCUGCUCCUUCUGGCGACGCCAUUUCCACCAAGAAGGCGGAAAAUGCUGCGUCAAAUGCGCCGUCAAAUGCGGUGCCGUCAGCGAAAGCAGCACCUUCCGCGAAAACUGGAUUCUCUCCAGCCGUUCCAUCUUCUUCCAAAGCGUCUGCUAAGGCUGCUGAUGCCGACGAGGAUGUGUUUCACGCACGUGCCAUGGAGUUGAAAGCGGAGGGCAACCAGCAUUUCCAAGCGCGCGAAUAUGCAGCAGCCAUGGAGCGAUACGGCAAGGCCAUCAAGCUGCUGCCUGCCACUCAUGCGGACAGGGCCAUUCUGCACAGAUGCGAGGGCGUGAGGGCGGAGUGUGACGCCAGCCUUUCUCGCAACCCAAGCUUCUGCCCCUUCACCCCUCCCUGGCCUUCCCCCUCCCUUCCCCCUCUCUCUGCACUUUCCCUCCACAGCAACCGUGCGGCCUGUCUGCUGCAGAUGCGUCCAGUGGACUACGAGGGGGUGAGGGCGGAGUGUGACGCCAGCCUCGCCUUCAACCCGGGCUUCUGCCGAGCGCUGCUGCGCCGCGCCAAGGCGCUGGACGCGCUGGGGGAGAAGGACAAGGCGGAGGCUGACGUGGACGCCAUCAUCAAGGUGGAGCCCACCAAUCAGGACGCAUGGGAGCACAAGAAACGGCUGCAGAAGCUGAAAGCACCUCCCGCCAGCAAGCAACCUUCCUCCGUCCCUCCCUCUGCCGCUGCUGCUGCCUCCGCGCCUCCAUCCCUCUCAACCAACCCACAACCCAUCCCCACCGCUCCCACCGCCUCUGCUCCCGCUCCCAUCCCUGCCACUACCAACCAAGCAGAAGCAGCAAAGCCUUCCCCUGACAGCAAAGUCCCAUCUUCCUCCCCUGCCCCUUCAACUGAUGGGCUAGGAGAUGCUUUGGCAGCUGCUCCAGGUUCUGAAUCGGCUGCUGCUCCGGCUUUUGGUUCGGCUUCUGGCCCGGGUUCAGGUUCGGGUGCUGGUUUGGAUGCUGGCUCGGGAGAAACUCAUCCUGUUGCUGCCAGUGCUGCUGCAGAGUUGAACGUGGUACCUCAAACCCAAACCGAGGAAAAGGAUCAUUUGAAGCAGGGGAACGAGGGAACAAAAUCUUUUGCGUCGACUCAAAAGUCAACCCAAACGGAGGUAAAGGAGCAGUUGAAGCAGGGGAACGAGGGCAAAUCAGAGCCGGUGAAUGGAACAGAAUCAGCUGCCAAGGAGGCUAGUGCUAUGGCGUGUGAGGGCAGCAGCGCUGAAACAACCGCUGCCACUGCCACCACCACUGCAUCUGCCACUGCCACUGCCGCCACCAUAGCACCUGCCGAAGCCGUCACUAGCAGUACCAACGCUACCACCAGCAGCGCCAGCAGCAUACCUGUAAGCACAGUGCUGCGGCUGCAUGUGACGCCGCUCAGCCAAUCAGAGCAGGCGCAGGCGCCAGCUGUGCCUGCUGACGAUGCUGACGUGGCAGAGGUGGAGUGGGAGGAGGUGGAGGAGGAGGGAGAGGAGGAGGUGGAGAUGGAAGAGGAGGAGGAGUUUGCCGAUCUCUUUAGGGAGCGGCUGGGCAUUGAUUCGCUCGCCAGCUUUGACCUGGCGGAUGCUGACGUGGCAGCGGUUAAUAGGGCGCUGGAGGGGACGGUGGAGGCGGAGGAAGCUUCUGAGUUGCUGCAGCAGGCGGCUGCCAAGUUCCGAAGCAUGUGUCACAGUCGAUAUGAGCAACUCUUCGAUCCCUUCUUUCUCUGCCCUUCUUCCCUCCCCCUCCCUCCCCCACGAGCAGGCAGCAGUGGCGCACUUGAACUGGGACAACACCUAUAUUCCAAUUUCCUGUGCCCCUCUCGUUCCCCCUCCUCCCCCUCUCUCCCCAUUCUCCCCCACGAGCAGGCAGCAGUGGCGCACUUGAAUUGGGGCAACACCUAUGUCUGGAUGGCUCGGCGCAGGCUCGGGCUCAAGCCCGCUCCUGAAACUGCUCAAACCACCGCCGCUGCUGCUGCUGCUGCUGCUGCGACGGGCAAGACAGAGGAGGAUGGUACAAAGGCAGACAACGAGAGCAUUGAAUCAGGCAAGGGGGCUGAGGAAGCAGAGAAGGGAGGGAUGGAGGCGGACAAGGGGAGGGCGGAGAAGGAGAAGGAGGUGUUGAGAGAGAUACGGGGGGAUCCAGAGCGGCGAGCAGCCAAGCUGGCGGAAGUGGAGGCGGCUCGGGGGGUGCUGGAGCAGGCUCGGGAGAAGUACGAGGCUGCUCUGACGGUGCAACCGAACCUGCCAGAUGCGCUGCUGGCGCUGGGGCAGUGCUUUGUGGAGAUGGCACGAGCAGAGGAAUUCCUAGCAGUGCUGGAAGGGGAGGAGGGCGAGGAGGGGCAAGAGGGAGUGAAGGGGGAGAAGGGAGACAAGAAGGAGAAGGGAGCGGGAGAGAAGGGGAGCGAAGGGGGAGAGGGGAAGAAGCGGAUGAGAGGAGUGCUGGAGUGUUUGGCUCAAGCAGAGGAAAACUUCACUGCUGCUGCCAAGGCUUGUGACACAAUCGAGCAGGAUCAUUUGAAGCAGCACGAAGCAGCAGCACCAGGAGAAGCAGAAGAGGGAGACCCUUCUGAGGCACAUGCUGGACAUGGGACGGACGAGCCUGGGCAUAUGGCACAUGCUGCCAAGGAAAGCCACUCGGGGCACAAACACGGUCCCACAUGCAAUCAUGACCAUGGCGCCCAUGCACACAAGCAUGGGCCUGGAUGCAGUCAUGACCACGGGCAUGACCAUGCGGGGGACCAGGACGCUUUCCUUGCUGAUGUGGCGGCGUUCCGGCAGAACGUGAACCUGCAGCUGGCCAACUGCGUGUUUGACAAGUCGCAGGUCCAGUUCAAGCUGUCUGACGCGGGAUGGGAGUCGUCUCUCGAGACAGCUGUAGCAGCGUUCAAGGAAGUGGGAGUGUCAGAAGAGGAGGUACAGCGGGUGCUUGCCACACACGCCUCUGCGCAGGCAGCAAGCUCGUCGUAG